AUGCUCACCUCCAUAAAUAGUCUCUACAAAGAAAAGAAAGUAAUUAAAAAUAAUGUUAAAUGGAUAAAAAUCCCCUUUUCUGUUGCAGGGUCCGUCUCCAGCACGAACACAGAGGCUGCCUCCUGCACUUCAAGAGGCCGUGCCAAAUCUUUGCAUAGAUUAGUCGUUAACAAUGGGGUUAAUAAUGAUAAUGGCACAAAUGUCCUGUGCCUGCAUGAGCUGCACUUAGGAAAAUCUGCCAGCACCAGUGCCGUGGCCAGCAUCCUCACCUUCCACAGCGUGGUACCCAGCUACCCCAGCACCUCUGCCAAGGAUGCUGCAGAUGUUGUCCAGCAGAUCUCUUUUCCUGCCAUCUCAGGAGCAAGGCUGGUGAAUGAUGUGCAGCAAGGAAUCACAGCUGUGAAUAACCAGCAAAUUCCUGGGAGGAGAGCCGGGUACCAGAUGCCGUGGAACACGUCUUUGCAGUGGUGCAGUCUGAGGCAGCUCCCUGGGAUGUUCUGCCUUCGGCAGGAGCAGAAGGAAGAUAAGCCAGGGCUGGAGAGUGUGGACCAGACUUGGGCCAAGAGGACCUGCUGGGUCCCACAGGAGCUCAGGGUGGCACCUCACAGGUUUCUGUUCUUGAGGAUGCCCAGCAGGCAGGGCCUGCCUAAAGGAUGGGUGAAGAAUCUGCUGAUGAGGACUCUAAUCAGUUUUGAGUAUCUCAGUGCUAAUGGAACAGGAAUAAUUCUAGACCCAAUCCUGACAUCUGGGCAGGUUUUUUCGUGAUGUAUCUCCUUCCUGAAACUGCAGGAAAGAUGUUCCCUGCCUUCAGCGUGUUUUGAG